AUGACGGUUAACUACCUUAACUCUCUAAAAUCAUUGGUGACUGCAGCUCCUUGUUGCUACCAAUGUAUUGCAAAAUUUUCACUUGUUUCAUUGCCUUUCUCAAAGCUUUAUCCCACAACUUUAAGCGAAAAUGAGGGUUUUGAUUCGAGGGAGGAGAGGGUUAUGUCUGUUUUCAAGCAGUGUGAAAGCAUGAAACAUUUGGAACAGCUUCAUGCCCAUGUCAUCCAAACUGGGUUAGAGCAGAACUUGUUUGUAAUGGGAAAAAUUAUUGUCUUUUGCGCUGUUUCUGAGUGUGGAAGCAUGGAUUAUGCCUUGAGGGUUUUUGGAAAAAUUGAAAACCCAGAUGGGUUUCUUUGGAACACCAUGAUUAGGGGGUUAGGGAGGACAAGGCAACCGGAAAAGGCUUUUGAAUUCUACAAGAGAAUGCAGGUGAAAGGAGAGGUGUUGGACAAUUUCACAUACUCUUUCUUGGUGAAGGUUUGUGGGCAGUUGGGAUCAGAUCUGUUGGGGAAGCAGAUCCACUGUAAUGUACUGAAGCAUGGACUUGAAGAACAUGUCUUUGUGAGGAACACUCUCGUUCACAUGUACGGCAUGUUUAAAGACAUCGAAGCUGCAACCCACUUGUUUGAAGAAAUGCCCAAAUCAUACUUGGUAGCUUGGAACACUAUCAUUGACUGCAAUGUCUAUUGUGGACGCUACAAAGAAGCUAUUGAGCUGUUCUUUCGAAUGCUGCAAAGUGGCCUCAAACCUGAUGACGCCACGUUUGUUGUGACCCUUUCAGCCUGUGCUGCGUUGGGUGAACUGGAUAUUGGGAGGCGGGUCCAUUCUUGUAUUGAUCACACUGGCCUUGGCAAUGUUGUUUCUGUCUCUAAUUCACUGAUUGACAUGUAUGCAAAGUGUGGAGUAGUUGAAGCAGCAUACGAGAUAUUUAAUAAGAUGAAGGGGAGGAACAUAGUGUCAUGGAAUACGAUGAUUCUUGGGCUGGCAAUGCAUGGACAUGGGGAUGAGGCGUUGGAACUCUUCUCAAAAAUGUUGGAAGAAAAGCUUGCAACACCUAAUGAAGUUACUUUCUUGGGAGUUCUAUGCGCCUGUAGCCACGGAGGAAUGGUUGAAGAAGGAAGAAGAUAUUUUGAUAUUAUGAGGAGAGAUUACAACAUCCAACCCACAAUAAAGCACUAUGGAAGCAUGGUGGAUAUUCUGGGCCGAGCUGGGCUUGUGGAGGAGGCUUACCGAUUGAUAAAGAGCAUGCCCAUAGAGAGCAAUUCCAUUGUAUGGAGGACAUUGUUGGCUGCGUGUCGGGUGCAUGGAAAUCUUGAACUUGCAGAGCAAGUGAGACAGCAUCUUUUGGAGUUAGAACCAGAUCACAGCAGUGAUUACGUCCUUCUCGCAAACAUGUAUGCAAGCGCAGGGCAAUGGAACAAAGUGGUGAGAGUGAGAAAAUCAAUGCAUAUCAGGGGAGUUCAGAAACCAAAGCCUGGUAAUAGCUACAUUGGCUUUCAACCUAGUAUGAGGUUAGAGAUGGAGUCAACUGAAGCUUCCUGUGUCCAUUGAUUUUAUUGCAAGUUCCUGUUGGUAUUUUAUCCAAAGCAUAUGGUUUUUAUUUGUUGCUUACAUAUGUUCCAAAAGAGAGGAUGGGUUCAGAAGCUCUUAACGAGUUGUCCAGCAAACUUUUAUUUAUAAAUACAUCAGUUUGACAA